UUGUGGAGAAGGAAGUGAAAGGAGAAGCCAGAUCAUAGGCUGGGGUCCUGGGUAGUUAGCUGAUUGGGAGACAAGAAAGCUAGCUCUCUGGCAAAGUGCUAAAUUUAAAACUAUUUAUUUCUGUAUUUCUUUCCUCAAUUUACGAUCGGCUUUAGUUUUUUGGUGUUUACGCCAAGGAAAGCACAUUUUUUGGGGGGCAGUUUGAGCCGAGUCGUUCCCUAAUUAUCGCUGGUCGACCAGUCGAGCUCCGGAGAGCUAGCUGGCUAACGCAACGCCUAAUUCGGUUAGCUUGUCUUGAACAAUAACAGCUAGUUAGCUCGCUGCCCGGCUCCGAAACGGUCCAGAAGUUGGCUCUAAGGAGUGUUCGCAACUUUAAGCUGAACAAUGACGUCUAGGAAGAAAGUGCUCCUUAAAGUCAUCAUCCUGGGAGAUUCUGGAGUUGGAAAGACCUCCCUAAUGAACCAGUAUGUGAACAAAAAGUUUAGUAACCAGUACAAAGCAACAAUAGGAGCAGAUUUCCUCACCAAGGAGGUAAUGGUGGACGACCGACUUGUUACAAUGCAGAUCUGGGACACAGCUGGCCAGGAGAGGUUUCAGUCUUUGGGUGUUGCGUUCUACCGCGGGGCAGACUGCUGCGUGCUGGUUUUUGACGUGACUGCACCCAACACCUUCAAGACGCUCGACAGCUGGAGGGAUGAGUUUCUAAUCCAGGCCAGCCCCCGAGACCCCGAGAACUUCCCUUUCGUGGUGCUAGGCAACAAGAUUGACCUGGAGAACAGACAGGUGACCACUAAAAGGGCUCAGGCCUGGUGUCAGAGUAAGAACAACAUCCCGUACUUUGAGACCAGCGCCAAAGAAGCUAUAAACGUAGAACAAGCAUUCCAGACUAUCGCACGCAACGCUCUCAAACAGGAGACAGAGGUGGAGUUGUAUAAUGAAUUCCCAGAGCCCAUAAAGCUGGAUAGGAACGACAGAGCUAAACCUUCUGCAGAGAGCUGCAGCUGCUGAGGGACAAACUGGACCAUCUUCUCUCAUCUCAUCAUCACCCUGUUACAUGUCAUCAACCUCGCUCCCAGGGAAAAAAAACAAACAGUUUCCUUAUCGGUCUUCCUCACACACCGCUCAUUCCAUUGACACCACCCCUCACAUGGAUGUACGUCCCCUCGCCCCCAAACCUCUUUCUCGUUUCCCACUUAGUACAUAAAUUAAUACACUAGUUUCCCCCUCACAUAUAAAACGAUGACAAAUCCAGCGCAGUAAAAUCAUGAGAGAAGAAACACACCCUUCAUGACCUCACACCCAUGACUCAGUAGUGAGUGAACUCCUGUAUUUUGCCAUGUUUGUCAGGUUUUGCCCCUGACUCACUCUGAGAGGGCGAGGUCGUGGAGCCAUGUUCAGGGUGCAAUUAGGAAAUCUGGACGGACUCCAGAGCUCUCAAAGCAAGCUCUGUUGUGAGGUGAUGUUGACUUUUCCCAAGAUGCAGCAUCCCAAAUAUCAUUCUCUGCUUUCUACUUGUUUUCUUUUGCGCCUUUCUCAUGAAAUAAACUAGCAGAACUAAAUAAAUAUUUGUUGUAAUUGGCGGUUAAUUUAAAAGCCGAUCUUAAACAUUUGUGGUUUUGCACUUUUCUUUUUAUGUUUUUUUUUUUUUUUUUUUUUUUUUUUGCCUUUAAGUGUUAUGGAGGGAUGACUGAUUUGUUUUUGUUUUUUGUUUAUUUUUUGGGCAACAUCUCCUAUCACAUGCCUUUUGGUAAGCUCUAAAUUUAUACCUCCUCCCUCCUUCGAAUAGCUCCUGAGAAUCUUCUGAACAAUCUGAUGAUUGUAUUGCCUUUUCACUUCAGGAUUAGGGUUUCUAACUGCCUCACACUGCUGAAUAUAUGUUACUGUGUCAAGUAAAGCUGAUUAGGCAGUCACAGUGUAACAAGUUAAAACCUUGAUAUGUAAAGUUUGCCUUUUAUGUAACAUUACUUGUACUGCUACUAUUACUGCUGUAUGUGUUAUGUCCUCCUUAUCAGACACCUUUCAAUGGUAAAGGGUGACCACAUGCAUCACCAACACUGCAUACACCCGUCUCCUGUCCCGUCUUUCACUAUUGCUGUUCUAUCUUAUCUGCUUGUAGCUCAGGUUGGCUAAGUACUUAAUAUUUUUAACGGAUUGUGUAUUACGGUGUAUAGAUGGUAUAGAACUGAAAUGUUUCUUCUUUCCAUUUAAAGAAAAUAUUCAACCAUUUUCCCUGGUAUUACUCUUAUUUUUUUUUCCUUACAGAAAACAUUACAGCAAUGCCAAUGAUGUUGUAAAAGAAAAAUUGAACGUCAAAUAAUAAAACUCUUGAAUAUAUGAA